UUAAACAACUUUGAUAAAAUACACAAUAAUACUUUAACUGGUAUAUUAUUGCAUAUAUUUGCAAAUACAAAGCUGACAAUGUUAAAAACUCACGUUAUAAACUACGAAUUGAUGUUAGGUAAAUUCGAGGAUACAUUAGCUAAACUAUUCUUAACAGAUAAACACAUGAAUUAUCCAUGGCUUAAUAAUAUAUUUGUGGAAUUAAAUCGUUGCCUUGACAAAACAGCAAAUUGGGCAGUAUUGGAAGAACUUAGCAUUGAUAUUUAUAAGGAAUUUGAAUUUAUUGAUAAGCAAAUACAAACUUUGGAUCCUAAUAAUAAAAAACUUUAUAUAAGGAUUUUGGAAUCUUACAUUACUGUUUUACAAAAACUAAAUAUUAUUUCUAAAACAAAUUAUGAUCUUCUCGAUGAUGAAGCUAAAAUAUUACAUAGCCUAAAAAUGCGAAUAAUAGAUCAAACAAUAAUGAACGUGGCUGAAAAAAGUAUUAAAAAUAAUAUUGAUGCUUAUGGUGUGGAAAUAAUAACUUCAUAUCUUAUUAAAUUGUGUCAAAAAUCAGAAUUAAAUCUUGUUUUUGCCACUGAACUUGCAGAAUCAUUGGAAAAGUUUUGUUUAGAUUUUUUACAAACAUUCAAUAAUUCUCAAAAAAUACCUAUUACAUGUGUUCAAUCGCAUUUUAGUAGCUUGAUAAAUUUAUACUGUGAAUUAAUGCCAGAGUCGAAUUUAGCCUUAUUAACACUCAACAGUGAAUCUUAUCAUAUUCUUCUCCAUGUUUUAAUUUUUGUAAUAUUUGAAAAAAAAAGUUUGCAAUUCGAAGAUUAUUCUAAUAUGAAAUCAAAAAUGCACCCAAUUCGUAUAUAUGAAUAUCAACAAAUUAUUUUAAAUCAGUUUAUUUAUCUACAUUCACACGAAAAUCUUAAUAUACCGUCAAAAACAAUAUGGAAAACUACAGAAGCUGAAAAGUUACGUACACAUUUUCUUCAUUCAAAAGAACAACAAACUUUACGAAAAUUUUUAAAUGUUGUAACUAAAUCUAAAAAGUAUUCGAGAUGA